CAUGUGGUCGAAUGUGCUUUUGAUUUUUUGCGUUCAUGAAUUACAAUCGGCUGCUCUCAAAAAGCGUGCGAAGCCAAAUCCCAAAUAUAGACAUCGAUUUGCAUAUAAAUGACAAUAAGUCAAUUGAGUCGUUGUUGUGACGCUAUUUCUAGAAAAUACCAGGUACAGUCAAGGGAAUCAAGCUACAGUCUUCCAGAAAAACGACGAUUGUUUGUAACUCAACUGCAUGCAAAGGGAGAAAUUGACCAUAUCAGUGAUUCAGCUUUAAUCAGUCUGUAGUUGAUCAGUGUACAUAAAAAACAAAAACCAUGUCUGCUGACGAAUGCUCAGAGUUGUCAUCCUCAGAUGAUACAUUUUCUCCAAUAGUAAGAAGAAGAAGAAAGUGUUAUAAACCAACUAAAGGUGCAUCAAAAACCGAUCCAUCAUUCAAGGGUGCCACCGUUUCUAUGAUGACCCACGUUAAAGAUGGAGACAGUUAUUUGUUUAUAUCAGCACACUUCAGUAAUGUGAACUAUUUGCUGAAUAAAAGAAACCAUGGUUGUGGAGAGUCGUUCUAUGGAUUGUAUGGCUCCUUAAGUGAAGAUGAAGAUUUACCAGAAUCACAAGAAACAGCUAAUUAUUACUUCCCUUAUUCAUCAAAAAUGUGUGCCUCCUGUUCCACAAGACGAACUCCAUUAUGGAGAGAUGCUGAAGAUGGUACUCCAUUGUGUAAUGCCUGUGGCAUAAGGUUUAAGAAGUAUCGUAUGAGAUGUGGUCACUGCUGGCACAUUCCGAAGAAAGAUGUCAAGACUUAUCCAAACUGUCCUGUCUGUGGAUCAGUCCUACGAAUAGCUGUUGGUCGUCGUUCAACGUGGUGAAAAUACAGUUUUAUAGCAUGAGAGAAUAUUAGCGAGAUUGAGAGUGUAAUCAAGUGUGACGUUUUUUAAAUUCAGCAUCAGUAAAAUUAUAACAAACAGUCUUAAAAUAUACCAGGUUUUAUGUUGUGAUGUAAAAAAAAAACAUUUUGACUUUAGCUGUUUAUAUUUUUUUACGAUAUGGUCAUCUUAAGUUUAUAAGAUAUUUUAGUAUUGUUUUAUUGUUUUUACAAAAUAUUGUUAAUACAUAUCGGGUUUUUGUUUCGAUUCACGCAAAAUUGCAAACAAUUAUACAUGCCUAGUGAUAGGUAAUAUUUCUCAUCUUAUGGUGUAAAAUAUCUUCAGGCUUUUUAUACAUUGUCCAAAUAAUGGUGUUUUUGUUUUUGUUUUGCUACUUCAAGUACGAGUUUAAGUUCCACUUAGUAGCAUGAUUAGAUUAUCUACCAAAAAAUACCUUGAAAUAAAUUAAAAUCUCCCUCUUUGUAAUAUUCUCUCAUGUGCACAUUUAAAAGGAGGUAUGAUAAGAAUCCCUAUCAAGGUACCUGAAACUGCAAAUGAUUUUUACAAAUAUUAAGCUUGGCAUGUUCAUUUAGUAGACAAAUGAACCUGUAAUGCUAUGAUUUGAUUUCAGUGAGCCAAAGUUCCACUAUGGUUAGAUUGAAGUAUCAAAGUUUACAUCUAAAAUGGUCGUUUUUAAACGUACUGUAUAGGCAAAUAACACAGCCUUUCUUGUAAAGAUAUUUUAUCCACUAUUAACGUCUAUAUGUAUGACUACAUUGAAACAAAGAACAAAGACUGUGGCUAUGAACGUUAAAAAUGCAUAACUACGGAUCUCAAAACGAAGUAAAUAAAUGCAAGGUUUGAAUUCUGUAUGUAAGAUAACAUUUAAAAAAAAUGAAUAUUGUCAUAGCUUCAAACGAAAAUCUUAUGAACAUCUGAAGAAUGUUAUUUGAUUUGUUCAAUGCUUAGUUUUUCAAUGUCAAGGGGACAUAAUUGUGACCUUAUCAUACCUCCUCCUUUUGGGGAUAUAAUCAAAUAAGUCCUCAACCUUUAAUUUGUUCUAGCAUAUUUUGUUGUUGUGUUUUUAAUAUUUAUUUCUGUUAUUAAAUAUUGUUUUCCUGAAACACAGAUAGUGUUUUCACAUUCUUAUUUUGUUAAACCAUUCAUGUGAUACCCAAAAUACUACAAAUUGUUAUUUUUUCUAGUUCUAAUGAUUGUGUUUGUUUUUAAAGAUAUAUCCCUUGUGGAUAUAACAAUUAUCACAUUAAUGGACAUUUAUAAUAGUUGUUUUGUUCUUAUUUAAACACAGGUAGUGUUUUUGGUGUUUGGUUUACUUUUUUGAAAUAGUUAUACUCUAUAUAUUUAUGGGAGCCCGCAUAUAACUUCCAUUUUUUGUUAUUGCUUAGUCUAACUUUUCAAAUGAUUGCUUAGUUCUAAGUUAAAUGAUGCGUAGUGCCAUUGUGUAAUCUAUUUGCCAGUUAACAAUAUUAUUCCUAUUUUAAAACAGAACAGAAACAUUCCCUAUCGUGACCAAUGAGAAUGCUUCACAUUAAACGAAAAUCACUUCAAACGGUACAUCGUGUUGUAUUGACAUUGCUUAUGUUUUGACAUUCCCGUUUAAACACCCACCGUGAUGAACGCUAGAUUGCUUUAAUUUCUCUGCCAAAUAAAACCUUUCUUUUCCGAGUACUGAAACAAGUUUUUUUAAACCAUGCCUGUCUCUGAAUUGUAUUCUGCUUAUGAUGAAAUAUAUUCCACUGAAAAUCCAAGUAAAAAAACUUGAUAAUAUAUUGAACACGACAACGAACUGAUUUUUUUGGCAUUAUAAUAGUGCAAUUCCUCCAAUGUAUGUGAUCUACAAAAGUGAUAUCUAAAAUAAUGAAUUUGAUAUUUCAGAGAAUCUAUGAAAAAUAUAUUUAUUGUUAUUUUUGUAAGUUUUAUGUAUAUAGAGUUAUUUUUGAUAAUAAAUUUAUUAGUUACAAAAUUU